GAGCUGGCGGCGGUUUGAAUGAGUGACGGUUAACGGUGGCGUGGGACGGAGCAGCAAUGGGGGAGAGGGAUUUGGACAGUGCGCUGCUGGCUAACGGCUGGAAGUUCAGGAUGGUCAUGGAGCGGAUUUUCGAGAAGUACAGUCAACCAUUUGAAGAUGACCUGAUUAUUAAUCUUGAGGAUAUGACCUUUGACACUGAAACAGGUUGGAAGCCAUGGUGUCCUGUUGAUUUAAAUUUUCACCUUCCAAGAAAACGAAGCAAAAAUAACACCAAGAAAAAGUCUGGUAAACUGUAUGAAGCUGAUGUAAACCCGGAACAGUCUGAUAAACUCUGUGAAACUGAUGUCAGUCAGGCGCAAGCUGAAAAACUGUAUGAAACUGAUAUAAGCCAGGAGCUAAGCACAUGUCCACUAAGUCAAGUGGAUCAUACCACUGAAGUUUUGAAAGAUGGACAGUUCACUGAAAGUGCAUCUAAGUUACAAACCAGUAUCUCCAUGGGAGACAUGAAUGUGGGUGAUAAAUAUGAGAUAGAUGUUGACAUGCUGGCUACGAGCAACUCAAAUCUUGGAAGUCAAGUUGUGGUGGAAUGCGUCGGAAGGACUAAAGACAAUCCAUUGAUCACAUUUACACCCACAUCAAAGUUGAAAAUUGGAUUGUCAGAUAUUUAUCAUGACUGCAGUGAUGGCUUUCAGGAUAUAACCUCCAAAGAAUUAAAUCAUUCUUCAAAACUUCAUCAUGAUGAUAAAAAUAAUUCAAAUAUAGUAGCAUUAUCCUCCAGCCAAAUAUUGGUGAAGCCACUUUGCGUACCUAGUAGCACAGAAGUUUAUUGGCACAAGUUUGACGACAGUGGAUGUGAUGGAAUGAAUUUGGGAGAAACUGCAUCUACUUGUAGCAAUCAAACUUCAAUGAAAAGUCAUGACGAUUCUUCUGGUUUAAGUGAUACAACACUUAUUGAUAUUUAUCCAAGUAUGGUAGCCUCAAUGAGUGACUUGCUUGAUCGCACUUACAAGACAGAGGCUGCAUCAAGGUUAAUAAAACAUUAUCGACGUCUCCAGUUCAAUGUUUGCAAAUCAAAGACAAACACAACUCAAAAUGGAAUAAAGAUCAAAGUCAGGAAGGAUGCUCAGAAAUUAAAGAAGCUAAAAUAUCAUUCUAUGAAAUUAAAGGCCUGUGCUGGAACCAAACAAGUGCAGGACAAAGCAAUUUCUCCAAGUUACAAAACCGCACAGGAAAAUCUGGAAGGAGAGUUUACCCUCACUGCUAAUGCACCUUCUAGGACUGUGCUACAAACAAAUUCAACAUCUGAAACUGAGUGUUCCAAAUUUGGAAAUUUGUACGAUGAUUCAUCUUUCUGCCAGCCACUACCAUUAAGCCCUUGCAACCCACAAACUCCAAUUGCAGUUGCAAAUUGCUGCAAAACAAGGAAAAUUUCAGUUCAUAAUGUAUCACCUUUGAAUGGGUCAACUUUGCCCAAACUGCAUGCUUUGACUAACUCUGGCAGCUUAAAAUCAUUGAGCUUAAAAUCCAACAUGGCAAUGGUGGAAUUGGCAAGCUCAAGAAUCAUUGUUAGUCAUCUGCAAAAUGCAGAACAGUGUCCACUGAACAACAGUACAAUUACACAACCAGAUGUAGUGGCAAAUUGCAGCAGAUCACCAUUUGGAAGGCUUUUGUGCUCGGCUAACAAUUCCUACAGUAAUGAAGGGUAUAAACGGAGGCAUUCCUUUUCCUCUGCUUCUGUUCCAGCCAAGUUCCAUUCUGUACAGAGCCUAUUAAAAACUAAAGUAAAAGAAAUGGAUGCAUUUGAAACGGUGUAUCAAAGCUUGGUUCGGAAUGAAUUCUCCCUUUCGGCUACAGUGGCCCAUCCCAGUGUAUUAAAUGUCCAUUCCAUCCCCAGAAGAGAGAGAACAUCAGUGAGCUCUAUUACAUGCUCACCUUCCCAGUUAUCAAGGAAACGGGCUGCUUGUAUUGAUCAAGCAAGGGAAACUUCACGAUUGCCACUGAAGAAGUUCCGUUCCUUCUCAGAGUCUUCGAGCUCAAAUCAGAAUAGUCAGGAAGUGCUGGUGCUGAACACCAUAUUACAAAAACAGGAUUACCAUUGCACACAGAGAAGUGGAUUUCAUUCUCCAAGAAGCAAGCAAGAUAGAGAGAAAAUUGCUGCUGAUGUGUUUAUUAAAAAUGAAGAUAAUAGACUGUACGCUAAUUCUGCUACUGUUUUACCUGUAAUAAAUAGCUCUGGAAACACUGUGAGCUUGUGUUUAUCGCCCAGACUUCGAAACAGAGUAUCUAGAAAACUGGACUAUAACAAAAUGAACUCGCCAGUAUGAACUACUGUGACUUCAUGAAGCAGAAACUCUGCAAUGUACCCUAAACCUAUUUUAAAAUGUGUAUCUGCCUGUGUUAUCUAACAGUGUUCUCCACUAUUCUAAAUUAAUCUUGAAAAAGCUAUUUCAUUCUCUUUCCUCUCUGGAAGUGUGGUACAGUGUAAUUUAAACAGCAGGAGAGAUGCAAAAUUUAUGGGGCAGAUAACCAGCCAAACAGCAAUUAUUUGUCUUUACCAUUUAAUGAAUAUGAAUGCUGCUCAGUGAUGCAAUUUUUUAAACCUUCAGCCUUAGUACUAGAAAAGUAUAAACAAUGUUAUUACAAAAUCUGGACAGCAUAUUUGGAGUAUAAAAUGAUUUACCAACCCAUUUUCUCUAACUUAGUAUGACAAUGUUUUAAUAUUGCAAUUCCAUUUGUAUUUCACUAUAUUGGUAAUAUUACUUAUUAAAAUCUCCCCAUUUUAGUUAAGUUUUAUAUUGAUAACAUGAAUUUUAUGCAAUUGUUUCUUUGACUGUAUAUUGUUGGUACAUUGAGUUGCCUUUCUACUGAAUUAUUAAAAUAUCAUGUGUUUAAUGAGUGCAUAAAUAUCUUUGCCCAAAUAUUAAACUUG